AAGUUAGCACUAGUCAUGAGGAUACUUCUACUUCUUGGAGCUACAUUCUUUUUCAGUGUUUCAAUAAAUGCUUAUGAGCAAUGUGAGAACGGUGGAACCCCAAUUAACUCAACGGCUUGUCAAUGUCCAGCAUUUGUAGCAGGAGAGAGAUGUGAAAUUGUGAAAUGUCAACGAUGGGGAAUACCGGAUAAGGAUCGUUGUGUCUGUGCUCCGGGAUGGUAUGACAAGUACUGUGGAAUCAGAGGAUGCAGGCCUCCAAAUGAGGGGAAUUUGGAUAACUCGAAGAGAAGUAUCAUAAUCGUUUUCAAUAUGAAAAGCUCGAUGGCUGAGCAACUAGAAACCCUGCGAAGUAAUUUUAAAGGAAUGGUGAAUUCAAUUACUCAAAAUUGGAAUAAAAAUAAGGAAUCUGAAAAUUGGAUUGCCAACUUUAUGUUCUACGGAUUUGUGCAACAAGGGCAGCAGUUGACGAUUACGAAAAACUUCACAGAGAGCCUUGAUGAAUUUUUGAACUUUUUGGGAUCUCUGAAACUUCAAGACGGAGAUACCAGUCAGCCCGUCCUAGCUGCAGUUAAAAACGCCCAACAAACAUUCCCACUGACAAAAUCCCAUUCUAUAGUUCUUGUAUUCACGGAUAGCCCAGCUUCUGAUGCAACACCAUGGUCACAUAGAUUUGAAGACAAGAAUCUGGAACAGUUGUGCUUGCAGAUUUCGUUUUUAUGGAGAUCUAAAGUAUCAUUCAUUUUAUCGCUUCCUUCUGGAACCGAUAGUUCUGUGGAUGGUGUGGAUGUUUAUAGAAGACUCUCAAUGUCAACCCACGGUGAUUAUUUGAAUGCGAACAAUGCAGAGGAAGUCAAAAAUAUUCUUACCACAGUUAUCUCUACAUAUUUCUUCCCAGAAAAUGUUGGAGUUGGUUUUGGAAUUGAAACGGUAACUUCAAUUGAACCAACUGCUGAUAACAUUAAUGAUUGGGUUUUUACAUUGUUCACAAAAGAUUUUGGGAGCAAGUAUGAGCUUCCAGAAGUCGCAGGAGCUACUUUGAUUUCAAAGGGGAAAAAUUACAAGCUAGUCGCCGGACAGAACAUGAAAGUUGUCAAUAUAACUUCCGUGGCAGGGCCUUACAACUACCGUACCUACCUCCAAUCUAAACACACACUUCUCUUCGAUUACAAUAGUGAUAUGAUGAUUGACGUUGGAAAUGGAAUUGUUCAUCUUGGCGUCACAAUGCAUUCAACUAUCCGAACUUUUGGUUUCCCCGAGUUCCAGAGCAUGUCUUAUCACAUCACUCAGGCAAAUGAUAAGCUAGUUCGUGAAGCCUACAUGGCUUUCAAGAGACCACAAGAGGAUUGCACUUUUGAAUGGGCGUUUGAUCCAUGGGUCAACACUAUUGAGUGUCCACCGGGACCUAUCACACAAGUGCAUUUGCUGAACUACGAUGGGUAUUACAAGGGAAGGGUGACUCCUGGAUAUUGCGAUGAGAUUGCUCACUACUCUCCUCAAAUCCAGGGAAACAUCGUGCCUGAUGUCCAGCGUAAUUUUGUUUUCGACCAUUCCCGAGCUAUCACUCAAUCAUGCCCGGUAACAAAUAUCAAUGCAAUCAAUGAUCCUCGCCUUGAGUCCCCGAAUCAGUUUAUUUUCAUUUUGGAGCAACAUUCCGGAAACAAAAAUAUCUAUACAACAUUGGCAGCUGAAAUCGAGAAAAUUGUGAAUCUUACUAAUCCAGUCACAGACAGUUCUUAUCAAAAAGAGUUCACACUGAUUGUUUUUAAUGAUGUCAAAUCUCGAGUAAUGUUCAGUGCCUACAAUCCAUUGAAUUUCAUUAAAAGUUUCCGAACAGUUAUUAAUGAACUUGAAUAUGUGAACCAAUUGGAAAGCUCGUUGGGAUUACUGUCAAUUGUGCAAGCUCAAAAGCAAAACAUCAAGCCCGUUUCUCAAGUGUACUAUUUCACAAACCAAGCGACCAAAACUGUAGCGCAAGUUAACCGGGGAUGGGAUAUUAUUGAUAGAAAUAUCGAGUUCAAUUUCUUCACUAUUGCCGAUGGUGUGACUACAGAAAUAUUUUCUCUUCCGACUGAGUUGAAUCUUGUUCAGAAAAUGAGCAACGGAAGACUUGUGACGCUAGGUUCAAAUGAAAAAACUCUUGUGAACCUGUUUGCUGACAUCAUGACUAUGAAUGCACUCACCACUGAUAACCAGAACUACGACUGUCAUUUGGCUCCUUAUAUAAACAAUGCUUUCGUUGAAAAGAACUCUGCAGCUACAGUAUUCCAAUUUAUUGGAACUGGAAUCAAGGAUAUUUCCAUCACUGACGCGUCUGGAAAAUCAGUUUCAGUAGAUUCUAACACUCGAUUCCAAAAUGGGAAUUUCAAAUCUAUUAACAUCGACUCUUCAACUUACACCCCUGGAACUUGGAAGGUUUCCGUGUCCACUUCAAGCGGUGGAUGCCAACUUUCAGUCAGACAAAAGUCGGCAACUGGAGUUAUACUUGGGUUCACUAAAACAAAUGACUUGGAUAUUGUAAACUCCCAGAUUCCCAUUCAGAGAUCACUGUCAUCUGAUAAUUCUCCAAUGUAUGUUCCCAUUCGAAUCAGACAACAGAAAGAUUUGGAGAUUAAGUUGAACUAUCAAUUAGAAAUUCAACUGGUUGACACAUCUCGAUACGACCAACCUAUCAGCUAUCAGAACACCACCAUCUUAAGCCGUGACUCUUCCACAUGUUCCUACAACUACAUUACUCCUCAAAUCACAAUUCCUCGGAACGACGUGACUUCUUGGAUAUUGACCAGCUAUGAUGAUGAAAAUAAUUUGAUUCUUCGAAGAAUUGUCUACUAUUAUCAGCACUCACCAGCAGAUACCUCUGUCUGUCAUGGAGAACAAGUCGAUAAAUAUGGUCAAUGUGUUUGUCCUGAAAGAUACACUGGAGAAUACUGCUGGGAUAGAAUAUGUGCAUCGGGUGCAACUCUCUCGUAUGGAAUUUGUAGUUGCUCUUCGGGAUUUUAUGAGCCACUAGCCACUAGCCACUAGCCGCUAGCCACUGGGAAGACGUGACAGAUGACAUUGAUGAACCGGAAAGAAGAAGACAAAGUUUGAAAACUCUCCUAGGAGAUGUGUAAACUCGCUUUCACAACACCCACGUUCAUUCAAGAUCUCACCAAGGACCAACUUCUCCAGUUGGUAGAGGCACAGAGCAAGGAGUUGACACUGAUGGAGACUCAAAAAGAUGAAGCCAUCAAGCGGGCCAAAUUGCUGAAACAUGAGCUCGGGCAAUCUGGAAAUGUGGGAAUUGUAGAAUUCUACAGACGCGCUGUAAUGUUUAUGGAAAAUCAACUGAUUGAAAAAGAUGCAGUGAUUGAAAAAAAUAAUCAUGUUAUAGCUAUCAAUGGAGCAAAAAUCGAGGACAAUAAGAAGAGGAUUCAAGAAGAAAUGUGGAAGAAGGUGAAGGUAUUGGAAGAUGCUUUUGAUGAAAAAGUUGAAGAGAAUAAUGAGGUCAUCAAAAACCAGAAGGAAAGUAUCGACAAGAUGCGCAUUUCGAGAACAGAAACAUCAGAGGAGCACAAGGAAUUGGUCAAGAAGAUCAAUCAAAAAAUGAAAGAUACGGAGACAGCUUGUAGAAGAUAUGAGGCCAACACGACGCAUCUAACUGCUGAACUCCAUCAGACCAAAGAAACUCUUCAACUUGUGGAGAAAUCUCUGAAAAUGCAGACAAACUGGAUUGACACUUUCCUAUUCGAACAUUCUAAAAUGAUUAGUGAAGUAUGGGUGACUAAUCAGAAGAUGGCAGUGCAAUCGAAACAAUCUGAAGAUCAGCUGGAAGUCUUGAAAAAGAAGAAAGACGUUUUGAAAGCUAAGCAGGCUGCGCAAGAGUUGGAAUUGGAGAAUUUGAGACUGAGACUGAGAGACGUGGAAAGUCUCGGAGAACUUUUCUAAAUCAUGAAUAUAUUUAAUAUGUGAUGUUUUUUAUUCAUUUUUGUAAUAAAAUUUUUU